AUGAUUAAGAUAAUAUCACUUGCUAUUUCAGGGAUCACUCCAUUUUUGGAUUUCACAGGCCUAUCGAUAUUUAUCGAGAAAAUCUCCAUUUACUUGCUCAUUGGUACCAUAUUUUAUUUUUCACGUAUCAUCAAAAAAGAUAUCGACAUCAAGUAUAAUUCUGAUUCUUCUGUACGUGAUAUGAUAUUUAAUAAAAUUCUUGCUAAUCGUGAUGCCAAAUUUAAUGCUGAACUCACCUCACAUCAAGCUUCAAAUUAUUCUGCAGGUCAAGCUUCAAAUCAUUCUUCUGCAAGCUUGGGACAAUUAACAUUUACAGGUAUCAGUUUGACCAUCUGGAAUCAAUUUAAGCAAAUUUUUAAUUGGAUCAUGACCAAAAAUAAUUAUACUUUGGAGGAGAUGUGUCUUUCUGUAGCUAUAGAUAUUUGUUUAUUGGAAGAAAAUAUUAAGAAGGCAAUGGUACAAGAAUUUUAUGAGAGAAAUAUUAAAAAGAAGAAUGAUUAUAUUAGUACUUUAGAUCAAAUUGGUUUAUAG